CAAUCCUGUUGAAUCCUGCGGGAUCGUCGGGAAACUUUGGCAAGUUCGUGAAAAGUUUGCGUGAAGAGAAGCGACUUCAACUUCGAGCGAAUACACGAACAUGGCGACGUCUAACGCGACCAAAUAUUGCCCGGCCAUGUGUGACAAUUGGAUCUGUUGGCCUUCCACGAAACCGGACCAUAACGUCACUAUGCCUUGUCCCAAGUUAGCGGGGACUUUGGAGAACGCAGUCGCGUAUAGACAUUGCACGUCGGAAGGCCGUUGGGAGACAAAGAACACAACGAACGGAACGAGAGUCGACUAUACACACUACGAAGCUUGUAUCAUGCUGGAAUUGCAGGAACUAGCGGAGAUGUGUAACCAAUUUGGUAACGAUACGUGUCUAAAGAUCGCAAACACAACGAGAAUAAUAGAGAUGGUAGGGUUAUCGUUCUCAUUUAUGUCGUUGCUGAUCUCCCUAUAUGUAUUUUUUUCGUACAGAAUCUUAAAGAACAACAGGACCAGAAUUCAUAAGAAUCUUUUUGUAGCUACUUUGCUUCAAGUGGAUUUUAGGUUAAUAAAGUACAUAGACCAGCAUUUAACCGAGGAAAACAAGUUUUUGCUGAAAGACUAUUACCUGUACGAAAUAUGCACUACGCUAAUGGAAUACGCCAAAACGGCCAUGUUUAUGUGGAUGUUUAUCGAGGGUUUGUACCUGCACAACGUUAUUACUGUCGCAGUGUUUCGGGAACAUUUAUAUAUCAAUAUAUACGUUUACGCCGGAUGGAUCAUACCGGCUAUUAUGACAGCCAUCUGGUUAGGAGUAAUGAUAUGGAAAGUUGUCGAGACGACAUGGACGUAUUAUUACUUUCUCCCGUAUUACUGGAUACUGGAAGGACCUCGAUUUUUCCUAAUCAUCGUGAAUUUGCUGUUCCUUCUGAACAUUAUCAGAGUGCUGAUCGCAAAGCUGAGAGAAACAAGAAGCAGUGAAUUAGAGCAAGUCAGGAAAGCCGUUCGAGCUGCCAUUUUUCUCCUUCCGCUGAUGGGCAUCGCGCAUAUUCUGUUCCUUCUAGAUUAUCGAGUCAAGAGAUCUUGGGUCUUCGCUUUGUGGUCGUACACCACAUACUUUCUAAACACUUUCCAGGGGUUUUUCGUGGCCGUGUUGUACUGUUUCCUUAACGGAGAGGUACAACUUGCCAUUAAGAACAGUUUCUACCUACAGAUGUCGCUUCGCAACUAUGACUACGCGCCUUGUCGCAACGUAACGUCAAUUUCGUCUGGCUCUAAGGAUGCAAACGAUGGAGGCCAGUCCAGAAAAUCUUCAGGUUGCACUCAAUGCUGGAAAAAGACUCCACAUUCCCCAGAGGAUAAUGCUGUCGACAUAUGUGAUAACGGCAGGCGACACACCACUGUGCUACCUAUGGUCGAGACUACUCCAAUGAUUAAUAACCAUUAUGACAGAUGCCACAUGGCUGACGCACAGGCUUCCUGGGAACAGACCGACCUGUCACCCACAGGGACCAACGAACCUAAAUAAACUUUGCCGAUCAAUUUACGUUUUUUGUACAAAAUAAGAACCAUAUAUUUCCCAUAAGUAAUGCAAAAUUGCAAAACUUAAGCUGUUUUUGAGUUUAAUUUAUG